AUGGAGGAGCGAGAAACAGCUCCCCAGUCUGCGUCAGCGCCCCUCCUAGAUGAGGAGGUUGCUGUCGAUGAAUUCCAGGCCACAGUCGAAGCACAAUUGGCCCGCCAUUCUAGUUCUGUCAGAGCUCUCGAACUGCCCGAGAGCGAUCAAGAUAUCACGCUGCAGAAUGUCAAGAGAGAGCUCUCCCCGGGGCGCGACGAAGAAUCGGCCGAGAGGGAGCUCUUACCAGGUAUUGAAACCGUCAUUGACCUGACUGGAGAAGACGAGGCGGUCCAGCAAGAAGAACAUCGGGGUAGCAGCACAGAUUCUGCUCCUCCAGCUCGCAAUUCCAUACCUGCACCAGCCGACCAGCUUCAAGUGUUUCAACAUAACCCUUCCGAAGUAUCCUUGCGACCUGGCAUGCUGGUCGAAAUCAACGAGAUUAGACAACUCUACCACGCUGCGUUCCUCAUGAUACAGUACAUUAUCGAUACACCGGAUGGCAUCGUGCUGCGCGGUCUCCCCUUGACACGAACGAGAUUCCUCAGGGGACAACUUCCUCGUUAUCGGAACGAAGUUUGCCUCGUCCUUCAAAUCGAUGAAAAUGAUCAUCGUGAUGACAUGUUACAAGCAGCCGUGGAUGUGCCAGUGACGGAUGUCAUAAGAGAAAGGGAGUUGCACAUCACCAACGAGGACUUCCCAAUUCAUAGAUUCGGUGGCGUUUUCCACUCCAUAGAAGACAUUGAAAACAAGGCUUUGCUGGCGUGUCGUUGGAAGUAUCGUCUCUUAUACAAGAGUACAGCUGCCAGGAAAGCACGUCAAUUGCCAUGUCACUAUGUCCUUACACACCUGAGAGCCGAAGACAUAUUGGAUGCCCAGUUGCAAGUCAGUGACACGACACGCCUGAAUCGAUGGAGGGGGAACAAAGUCCGUGGUGGCUCAUACAAUGUCAAUACUCGCAAAGAUCUGGAGGCCAUCGAAGAUCUCGAAUCGGAUGGAGGUACAGAAGUAGCAUGGAUCAAAAAGGACCAGGGUCAGCGAUACACCAUGGGUGACAUGUUUUCGGGUGCUGGCGGCACGUCCCUUGGUGCGCAACAAGCUGGCUUGCAUAUCCGUGUCGCGUGCGACAAUGCCCAACAUGCGUGUGCCACGCAUCGCCGCAACUUUCCCGAGACCGAUCUUCGAGAGGAAGAUAUAUGGAAAUUCAUCAGUGAAGAUCUCACCUGGGGCGGCAAAGGAGACUAUGUUGACGUGUUGCACCUGUCUCCUCCGUGCCAGUUCUGGUCUCCUGCUCACACGGUAUCUGGACAAAACGACGAUGCCAACAUUGCCGUCCUAUUCUCCUGUCAUGAGCUCAUCAAGAAGCUCAAGCCGCGCAUCUUCACGCUGGAGCAGACAUUUGGCAUUCUCCAUCCCCGUUUCGAGCACUACUUCAAUGCUCUCUUGCACGGGUUUACGCAGUACAGCUAUUCAGUCCGUUGGAGGGUUAUCGACCUCCUUGAAUGGGGCCUACCAUCGAGAAGGAAUCGUCUGGUCAUGAUAGGCGCUUGUCCGGGUGAGAAACUGCCCACGUUUCCCGCCAGUACCCAUGCAAGGAAUCCGCCACCCGGUAGCGGCUUGAAGCCUUUCACGACAGUCAAGGAUGCAAUGAAGCUGAUCCCGCCCAAUGCCACCAUGCACGAGAAGAAGCAUGUGCGGUUCAAAGACCACUGGGAUCCGAGCAUCCCCCUUGCUCGAUGCAUCACGACACAUGGCGGCUUUGGCAAUUAUCAUUACAGCGGGAGACGGGACUUUACAAAUCGAGAACUCGCAACCAUGAAUGGCUUUCCAGCUUGGUACGAAUUCCAUCCGCAAAAUGUCAAGAAGCAGAUUGGAAAUGCUUUCCCUGCCCGCGUUGUCCGAGUGCUGUAUAGUCAUUUGUUGAAAUGGCUUGAGGACGAAGAUCGCGUAAUGCCAGUAGAGGAGCAAAGCAGGUUCGAAGAGGAGUCCGAGUACGAAGUUGUUGAGACGGACGUUGAAGAUGAUCUAGAGUACUUGGGUCAGGCCGUCAAAGAGAGGAAGAACAGCGCCAGCCGCGGCACUAUAGUAUUGUAG